AUGUCAGGCUGCUCAGCACAUCUUACAGAUGACGCUAAAGAAACCUUGGGUACUGCUGGGAGGUGGCUGCACAGAGAUGCAUUUGUCUGCAUUCAUCAGGUAUAAGAGCGCCAAUAUCUCAAGCACCUUUCUGGAAGAGCUGAACUGCUCAUCGGCACAAUACAAGAUGGUGGCUGAUUGCUUUUGCAAGUCUUUAGAGUCAGUAGCGCAAAGUCUGGAACACGAUGGCGGGGAAAUGCUUAUGGAUCUGCAAGAUGGUCAUUUGUGGUCGAUCCUUCCAGAUGCUGCUUCAGAGAUAGGACAUCGGUGCGGUUGCCGUAUGCACAGAAGAAGAGACGAUUUGCAAUGGAAUGUGUUGGGAAGUCAGUGUAGUCCAGAGAUCGCCAGAGAUAAAUGUCUGUUAAAGGCUUCACACCAGCUCAUUUUGGACUGCUUUGCUGCAAAAUGUAAUGGCUUACAAGUUGCUGUUGACACAGCUGGACUGAUUUUGGAUCUGUCAUAUGUUGUAGAAGAUAAAAAUUGAUU